ACCGAAGAAAAUAAUACAUUUACCAAAAUCCUGCUGUCGGUCGGCUCUACCACCUUUCAUGUUCCGCCUGCAUGCAAGAAGCCUGCAUGUGUUCAAUUCAAAAAAACCCAACACAAACACGGAUCACUGAGGGUAUUAAACUGAGAGGAAAAGGGAAAAUUAAAUUAAUAGAAACGACGAAGAUUCGACCCUUUCUUGAUCGCAUAAAUUUCAAAAUGUGCAGCACAGGUGGAGAUGAUGGUGAUAAUCUUUUGGAGCCAAAACCUCGCCUCUUACAACCAGGGACAAUCUGCCGAAAGUGUAAAUUUGUAAAAGCUCAGGUUGUUCUUCAGAUCAGAGAUGCCUACUGCAAAGAUUGCUUCUUGGCUCUGUGCAAUCACAAGUUUCGUGCUUUGUUGGGAAAAAGCAGAGUGUUUGACAAUAAGCCUAAAUCUGCUUUGAUUGCUUUUUCUGGAAGUGCGUCAAGUUUGGCCCUCUCAAAGCUCCUCUCCGAUGCUGUUGCAGCUGGCCCGUCUCAUCGGAGAAUCAUGGCUGACCCAAAGAUCAUUCACAUUGAAGAAGGGUCUUUGUUGGACCUCUCUAGCGAAGACCGACUGCGACAGUGCAGUGAAAUUAAAUCAGCUGCAGCAAUGUUUGGUUUCCCGGUUUACUGCGUGCCUCUCAAUAUUGGGGGCUGUCUACCUGUUCCAAUCGACAAUUAUAAAAUUGACAAGGAAAAUGACACCAAAGUGCAGGAGAUGUUUCAUGCAAUCAAAGAUGCAUCAAGCAAGAUAGAUUUUUUGUCUCAAAUGAGAUAUGAAAUUUUAGCUAACUGUGCAAGAAAGCUAGACACUUCACUGGUAAUGCUGGCUGACAGUUCUACGUCUGUGGCUGUGAAAAUUCUCUCAGGUGUAGCACUUGGAAGAGGCGCCUCAAUCGGACUUGAAACGGGGUUUUCGGACACUCGUCACCCUGAUAUCACCAUCUUGAGACCUUUGAGAGAUUUUAGUAGCAAAGAAGCUGCAAUUUUUUGCUCAUUCAGUGGCUGUAGCCAGCCCGUUUUCAUUCCAUCAUUACUCACAAUGUCCGAGGCAGAUAGCAGCAUUCAGCGACUUACGGAGGACUUCAUAAUCACUUUGCAGAACGAGUUUCCGUCAACUGUUUCCACGAUUUAUAGAACUGGAGAAAAAUUUCGUUCACUAGAUUCAAACUCUAUUUGUGCCUUAUGUCUUGGUCCAAAAGAUACCUGCCCUAAGGCUUGCAGUGCCAUAGAAGCAACUGAUUUUUCAAGAAAACUUUCGACGGGAGGAAAAAAAGAAACAGGUUCAUGCAGCUCUUGCAAUUGCAAGAGCAGUGUUUCUCAGUUGAACUUGAUGCAAGCUUUAUGCUACUCGUGUCGCCUUCUAGCAAGGAGCAUGGAAAAACCAGACUUGAUGCCAUCAUCAGUGAUAGAAAGAGUAAAGGAAUCACAAUCGUUUUCUGAGAUGAGAUCUCAAAUUGAGGAAUUUUUGAUAACCGAUGAAUAAUAAAGGAUAUCUUUUUUAAGGUAUGCUUAGUUGUAAUUGAAUCAUUAA